AGAAGCUGGCAGGUAAAUCCCAGUAAAUUUGGUUUUAAAAUGUACACAAUACCAGUAUUUAUUGCCGUUAUAGGAGCUUUUUUGAAAAUCGACGCUUACAACUUUGAAAAUCCUGAUUAUAACCAAAUUUUGGCUAAUGAUUUAGAAGAGCUUUACAGCACUUCACACUUUGUGAAUAUAAGGGAUAAGAGAGAUACUUCUAAUGAAAUUGAUGGCAAAUGUUCAAGAAGAGGACCCAAAGUUUGUUGUGACGACAUGGCUUUGAAAAAGAUACGCGAAGGUCAGAAAGAGUAUAAGAAUGCAUGUUUUAAAGAAGUCGUAGGAAAAGAUAAACCAGACAAACGUCCUCAUGAAGCACCAUUUGAUCCUUUCGACUGCGAAAAAAUGCGACAAAGAAGAAGUGAAAUUGUGUGUAUUUCUCAAUGUGUGGGUCAAAAGAAUAACUAUAUCGACGAUGACGGUAAAAUCAAACCUUAUGAAUUUGAAGAAUAUAUGAAAAAUAAAUUAGAAGACAUCACCUAUUUGGCUCCCGUAGUAGAUAAGAUAAUAGCAGGAUGUGUGGCCGACAUAAAGAAUGCUACAAUGGAAGAUGAAAAAUGUAAACCAGAUGGAAUUGUAUCAGAAUUUUGUAUAUUUAAAAAUAUUCAACUAAAUUGUCCCGAUGAUCAAAUUAAGAAUAAAGAAGCUUGUAUGAAGUUUCAAAAAAUGUUAAAGGAAGGACAAGGUCCACCUCCGGUAGGCUUCCUACCACCACCAGAUUUUCAUGGACCACCACCAGGUUUUCAUGGACCACCACCGGGAUUUCAUGGACCAUCAGCUGCACUUUCUUAAUUGGAUAGCAAAUAUGUUCUUUUAAGAUAUUUGUAACACAUGAAGAUUUAAAUAAAAAUUUGAUAAUGUUGAAAA